AUGGGGCAGGAAGAGGUGCGGAUAGGGGGGACUGGCAUGGGGCAGGGAGUCGUGGAUAUGGGGGAGUGUGAUAUUGGGCAAGGAGUCGUGGAUAUUGGGGAGUGUGAUAUUGGGCAAGGAGUGGUAGGUAGGAGUGUGGGUGCGGUGGGGGAGAUGAAGACAUGGAAUGAUAACGGAUCCUCUGAGGACAGCUCCUCAGAAGACGAACAGGACGAGGGAGAGGAGGAGGACGAGGAGGAAGAGGAGGAGGUGGAGGAAGAUGACGACAAACACAAAGGAAAUGAAGAAGCUGCCCCUGCCGGUUCAAACUAUGGAGAGCCCUCUGACCUGGAAGCAAGAAAUAAUCAAGAUGGUGUCGGAGCGAAGCCGUGCUGUGAGAAAUGCAAGAGCCUUCAGCAGAACCAGCAUGACAAUGAAGUUGUCACACCACGUAAAAUUUCCAGAGGUCGUCUGCAGUUGAUGCUGGACAGUGAGGGGAAGUAUGAGUGCUCUGUGACUGGCCUGGUGUUUGAAGUCAGGCAGAGAGUAAAGAUCAAGUACUGCGUCCUGUCCUGGAGCAAGUUUGGGUCAUACCUGAAGGACUCCUGGAGGUUCGCUGGGCCCAUCUUUGAUGUGGACUGCGACCCAACCAUCCUCAAGUCCAUCCAGUUCCCACAUUCUCUGUGCCUGGCAGACAAGGACAGUGAGGUGAAGUUCAGUGUUCUCCAUGUGAAGGACAGUAAGCCCCUGAUUGAGCCCUCCACCGACCACACGGGGAGCCACAUCACGUGGAGCGUGACGUCCCUGUCCCCCGUGGGGCCCAUCGUCCAGACCACCCGGCCGGCACAGCACCACGGAGUGGUCCUGGUCUACAAGGAGGUGGGCCAGCAGGCCUCCUACUCCUUCAGGGUCUACCUGACCUCCAACAACGGCUCAGACAUCAAGGACAUAAGAAACGCAGUGCGGUCGUCCAAAAAGAAGUACGUGAAGCUGGAAAAGCCUCCGACCUGCCAGCGCCUCCUAGAGGACAGCAGGAGGUAUCGCCUCACCAGCGACCCAGAGGGGGACAUCGAGCCAGCGGACUUCCAGUUCACGGUGGAGGUGGUGAAGAUGAAGGGCUACUUUGAGGUGUUCUUUGAGCAGCCUCCGCCCUUCAAGCUCUCCCUGAUGGAGGUGGACUCAGAACAGCCCCUCUGGACAGCAACCAUCAGGGAAGGUGACUGUGUUGACAAUAUUGAGGAGAAACCAAGGAGGAGAGCCGAGAAACGGAAACGGAGUACCAGCACAUCAGAGGAGGAGAUAUCCAACAAGAGGCCUCAUUGGGCAGACGAGUCAGAUGGCGUGAGGCCAGAUCGGGUGACUACCACUACUACAAGCGCAGUGGAGGUGACCAGCAAGCAGUUGAUGAAGCUGGCCAAGCUCAUGGGCAAGGAGUGGAAAGUGGUGGGCAUCGGCUACCUGGGAAUGUCCACGCAGGAGCUGGACAAGAUCCAGUCCUCGGAGGAGGACACCACCAUGCAGCGCUUCCGCAUGCUGGACCUGUGGAGGAUGAAGAACAAGGGCAAGGCCGGACUCAGGGAGCUGCGCAACUGUCUGGAUGAGGACGACGUGCCCAAUGAAGUCAGAGACUGCCUGGAAGAUAUGAUGCAGGGCAACAGGUAAAGGAGAGGACGGCCAUUUUGGAAGAGGGGACCACCUGCCUUGACCUUUGGAGCAAACCAAGGACCAAAACAAGCCCAAUCUGGCCUUUGGGUCGGCCAGGGUGUGUGUGUGUGUGUGUGUGUGUGUGUGUGUGUGUGUGUGUGUGUGUGUG